GAUGGAAGACCAAAUUUCGCCCGAGGCCCAGGUGGCGGAGCUGGAACUUGACGCCGUGAUCGGCUUCAAUGGACACGUGCCCAAAGGUCUCAAAUGCCAUCCUGACCAGGAACAUCUGAUUUAUCCACUGGGUUGCACAGUUCUCAUUCAGGCAAUAAAUACCAAUGAGCAGAAUUUCCUGCAAGGUCAUGGCAACAAUGUUUCCUGUUUGGCCAUCUCCACAAGAGGAGAUUACAUCGCCUCCGGACAAGUCACUUUCAUGGGGUUCAAGGCAGAUAUCAUUUUGUGGGAUUAUAAGAAAAGGGAGCUGAUCGCUCGGCUCUCACUUCACAAGGGCAAAAUUCAAGCUCUGGCCUUUUCACCCAAUGAUCUGUACUUGUUAUCGCUAGGAGGCCCAGAUGAUGGAAGUGUAGUGGUGUGGAGCAUAGAAAAGAGAGAUGCCAUCUGCGGCAGCCCUGCAGCCGGCCUCAGUGUCGGGAAUGCCACCUCGGUGGUCUUCUCAAAGUGCCGAGAUGAGAUGUUUGUGACUGCUGGCAAUGGGACAAUUCGAGUAUGGGAACUGGAUCUUCCAAACAGAAAAAUCCGGCCAACUGAAUGCCAAACAGGACAGAUGAAAAGAAUAGUCAUGAGUGUUGGAAUGGCCGACGAUGAUAGCUUUUUCUACCUUGGCACCACAACUGGAGAUAUUCUAAAAAUGAACCCCAGGACAAAACUGCUCGCAGACACUGGGCCUGUGAAGGAAAAAUUCAGUUUGGGAGUGUCUGCUAUCAAGUGCUUGAAGAUGGGGGGUCUGUUGGUGGGCUCUGGAGCCGGAUUGCUGGUCUUCUGCAAAAGCCCUGGAUACAAACCCAUUAAGAAAAUUCAGUUACAAGGUGGCGUCACUUCUAUCACACUUCGAGGAGAAGGACACCAGUUUUUUGUAGGAACAGAAGAAUCGCACAUUUAUCGCAUCAACUUUACAGAUUUCAAAGAGACUCUUGUUGUGACGUGCCACUUUGAAGCUGUCGAGGAUAUUGUCUUUCCAUUCGGCACUGCUGAGCUUUUUGCCACCUGUGCCAAGACAGACAUCAGGGUGUGGCACACGUCAUCUAACAGGGAGCUGCUGCGGAUCACAGUCCCCAACAUGACCUGCCACGGCAUUGACUUCAUGAGAGAUGGCAGGAGCAUCAUUUCAGCGUGGAACGACGGCAAAAUCCGGGCCUUUGCCCCAGAGACAGGCCGCCUGAUGUAUGUCAUAAACAGCGCUCACAGGAUCGGCGUCACCGCCAUUGCCACCACCAGCGACUGUAAAAGGGUCAUCAGUGGUGGUGGGGAAGGGGAGGUGAGGGUGUGGCAGAUAGAGCGCCAGACCCAGAAGCUGGAGGAGGCCCUCAAGGAGCACAAGUCGCCCGUGUCCUGCAUCAGGGUGAAGAAGAACAACGAGGAGUGUGUCACGGCCAGCACUGACGGGACCUGCAUCAUCUGGGACCUCGUGCGUCUUAGGAGGAAUCAGAUGAUCCUGGCCAACACCUUAUUCCAGUGUGUGUGUUAUCACCCCGAGGAGUUCCAGAUCGUCACCAGUGGAACAGACAGAAAGAUUGCUUACUGGGAAGUAUUUGAUGGUUCAGUAAUUAGAGAGUUGGAAGGUUCCUUGUCUGGGUCAAUAAAUGGUAUGGAUAUCACGCAGGAAGGAGCUCACUUUGUCACAGGUGGAAAUGACCAUCUGAUCAAAGUUUGGGAUUAUAACGAGGGUGAAGUGACUCAUGUUGGGGUGGGACACAGUGGUAACAUCACAGGGAUCCGGAUUAGUCCAGGAAAUCGUUACAUUGUCAGCGUAAGCGCUGACGGAGCCAUUCUUCGAUGGAAGUACCCAUUUCCCUCCUGAAGAACCUGGGGUCUCCCGGAGCCACCACAUCGCCUGGUCCUGUUGAGGAUGGGGUUUAGAUAACUCCAACUGUAGUCUUGAUUUUCCACGUUGCUGUUUUUGUUCUUCAGUUGAAACGUUUUCUAAGUUUCUCCUUUCCUUUAUAGAAUGCAUUUACGUUCUUAAAGUGUAUAUUAAGAUUGAAAUAUGUUGAAGAAUACUUUUUCCAGACUGUAAUUAAAACAGUUUUAUUAUGAUUAAAUUCUCCAUUGUUGG